AUGCCAGAAAGUGUAUUGAAAUCAGAGUUUACCUCACCUUACAGUCCCUUCAACCUGCCGUCAACUUUUGACGACAAUCCUGUGUCUGGCAGCGAGUCCAGGACCACGUCUCUUGACACAUCCCCGUAUAGUCCUGCUCCGCCAGUGCACCUUGAGCAUGCAUGGACCGAGAAGAUCAUGAAGGCUGAAGAUAAAGAAUUCAAUAUGUAUCAAGAUCUCACCAUAGAUCCUGCACGCCGAAAGCUGAUGGAAGAGCUAGCGGAUAAUAUGUCAUCGCGAGAAGAAGUCAAUAAAUGGCGAUCAUGGAAGAACUACACUGUGCUGGCCACAUACUUAGACGAACCUCCUUUCAAGCGUAGGAAGACUCCAAUCUCAGCUGAAAGUCGCGAUAACUCUAGCACGGACUAG